GCCAAAUCUGUAGCAGACAUAAACACAACACGAAGUUGUGAAGAGUUCAGUCACUGUCUGAAUAGCUGUCAUGGACCUCGGACCCUUUGAAUCAGACAACUCCGUCAGCUGCCGACUGGCCUCUCAGAUCCCUGAUAUCUGCCGGACUGAGGACUGCUGUUUGGGCAUUGACGAGGCAGGCAGGGGGCCUGUGCUGGGGCCCAUGGUGUAUGGAAUAUGUUUCUGUCCAGUUUCCAAAAAGGAGGAGCUGAAGAAUUUGAAAGUGGCAGAUUCAAAGACUCUAACAGAGGCAGAAAGAGAGAACCUUUUUGAGAAACUGGAUGAAGCCAGAAGUUAUGUUGGCUGGGCUCUGCAGAUUCUCUCACCAAACACCAUCUCUACCAGCAUGUUACAGAGGACAAAAUACAACCUGAACGCCCUGUCCCAUGAUACAGCAAUUGGCCUAGUACAGUAUGCUUUGGACAGUGGAGUACAGCUCAAAGAGGUAUUUGUGGAUACUGUUGGUCCAGCAGACAAGUAUGAGGACAAACUCUCGAAGCUGUUCCCGGGUAUUGAGGUGACUGUGAGGCCGAAGGCUGACUCCCUCUUCCCCAUCGUCAGUGCAGCCAGUAUCUGUGCGAAGGUGGCAAGAGAUCGGGUUGUAAAGGGCUGGAAUUUUGCUGAGGACCUAGGAGAGGUGGACACAGACUAUGGCUCAGGAUACCCCAAUGACCCCAAGACUAAAGCAUGGCUCCUGAAGUACCUGGACCCUGUGUUUGGUUACCCUCAGUUUGUUCGAUUUAGCUGGAGCACUGCCCAAACCCUGAUGGACAGCAAGGGUGUGACUGUCCACUGGGAUGAUGAUGAUGUGGAUGGGGAGAAGGCAGCACAGAGGCAGAACAACAAGUCCAUGUUGUCCUACUUCAGUGCAUCAGCUGGAGGUAAAGACCAAAACACGACCCACCAGACACACCGCUUCUUCAGCGAUCGGAGGCUGAAGAGCCUUGACACACUCUGAAGACAACUCAAUAGAGGACGUGCACACACGUUCAGGGAACAAUGAGAUUUUCAUAUACAGCCCAAACAGUUGAGUCUUCAGCACAGGUGUGGAUGGACUUUGAUGAAACUUUGCAGAAAUGUGAUGUUUGUAUCACUAGCAGAUCUAACGUUAUUUGUACUGUUUACAUCUGUUUUUUAUUUACACAUAAAAAGUAUGU